CUGGUUAGAAACUUUGUAUUUGGACAGUCGCGUGUAUAAUCUGACAACCAAAUAUGAGUUAGAAACCAUUAAAUAGUGUAAUUCUAAUGAGCAGAUCAAAUCAAACUUACCAAUUUUUCACGUAUACAACAAGCUCAAGUGAACUACAGUGAAGCCGCCACGAAUAUGACAAAGAAUAAAACUCUAAAAAAAAAAAUGAAAAGAGAGAGAUAGACAAAGCAAAUUUGUAUUCAAACAUCAGAUCAAAUGUCAGUCUGUUUUAGUCACUAAAACGCACAAAUCGCCUUACACUCUGAAGCAUGGCUUCUUCUCCUGUCGCCCCAACCUUAUCGCCAAUCCUACAAAAGAAGAAUGUUAGCUUUUCAGCUUCAUGUUCACAGGCGUCUUCACUUCGAAUUUCGGCGGCGGCUACCAAGAAACAUGCCUCCAAAAAGAUAGUGUCUGUGAUCACUCCUCAGCAGUCCAAGCGCGAGCCUUCCACAACUGGCACGGUGAAGACUGGAAUGACAAUGACAGAAAAGCUACUUGCAAGAGCUUCAGAGAAAACGCAAUUGAGCCCUGGUGACAAUGUAUGGGCCAAUGUGGAUGUUCUGAUGACUCAUGAUGUAUGUGGCCCUGCCGCCUUUGGGGUUUUCAAGAGAGAGUUUGGAGAAAAUGCAAAGGUGUGGGAUCGUGAAAAAGUUGUAGUCAUUCCCGAUCAUUACAUAUUUACAACUGAUGAACUAGCAAACCGUAACGUGGACACCUUGAGGGAAUUCUGUAUUGAACAAAAUAUUAAGUACUUCUAUGAUAUUAAAGAUCUUGCAGAUUUCAAGGCCAAUCCAGAUUACAAAGGUGUGUGCCAUAUCGCUCUUGCUCAAGAAGGCCACUGCAGACCUGGAGAGGUCUUACUGGGAACAGACUCACACACAUGCACUGCUGGAGCAUUUGGUCAGUUCGCUACUGGAAUUGGAAUUACUGAUGCAGGUUUUGUGCUAGGUACUGGAAAGCUUUUGCUUAAGGUGCCCCCAACUCUGAGAUUCAUAUUAGAUGGUGAAAUGCCUGAUUAUGUGCUUGCGAAAGACUUGAUUCUGCAAAUUAUUGGUGAAAUUUCUGUGGCUGGUGCAAGAUACAAAGCAAUGGAAUUUGUUGGCUCUACUGUUGAAAGCUUGACUAUGGAAGACAGAAUGACAUUGUGCAACAUGGUUAUUGAAGCUGGGGGAAAGAACGGUGUUGUCCCUGCUGAUACUACAACCUACUACUAUCUUCAGGACAAGACAUCAGUGCCAUAUGAACCAGUUUAUAGUGAUGGACAAGCAAGAUUUCUCUCAGAGUACAGCUUUGACAUAUCAAAGUUGGAGCCCUUGGUGGCCAAGCCUCACUCACCGGACAACCGUGCAUUAGCAAGAGAAUGCAGACACGUGAAAAUUGACAGAGUGUAUAUUGGAUCUUGUACUGGUGGAAAGACAGAGGAUUUCAUGGCUGCUGCCAAAGUUUUUCUUGCUUCGGGAAAAAAAGUCAAAGUCCCAACAUUUCUUGUUCCCGCAACACAGAAGGUCUGGAUGGAUGUAUAUAGCCUUCCAGUCCCAGAAUCAGGUGGAAAAACUUGCUCACAGAUUUUCGAAGAAGCUGGUUGUGAUACUCCGGCAAGCCCCACUUGUGGUGCUUGCAUGGGAGGACCGAGAGACACCUAUGCACGCAUCAACGAGCCUCAGGUGUGCGUUUCAACGACGAAUAGGAAUUUCCCCGGUCGUAUGGGGCAUAAAGAAGGGCAGGUUUAUCUAGCUUCCCCUUAUACAGCUGCAGCAUCUGCACUAACUGGUUUUGUCACUGAUCCUAGAGAAUUUUUGCUCUAAAUUUUCUAGUUAGUUGAAGCUUCGCCCACUUUAUGAUAUUGCUGAGGCAAAUUGUAGCUUUAAUGUGCUUGGUACUUGUAAUUAACUCGUAUAAGUUAUUGUAUGUGUGAAUAAACUUGACCCGUACUCA